AUGUCUUCUUCUCGAACAGUCGGGAAUCCGCCGCAAUUUCCUCAUGUUCCAGAGACUCUUCGACUCGAUUCGUUGGACCCAUCAAGUUCCCAAAGAUCCAUAGAGCCGCGCGCAGAUACGGCGCCAUACAUCACCCCCUACCUCAGUCUUCAGUCUCGUCUCUCGCAGAUAUGGAUCAACCGAUGGACUGUCCUCAUUCUCAUCGUGCUUGCUCGCACAAUCAUUCUAAUAGCCCAGCUACGAGAAAAUAUCGCGGAUGCCGAGGUACAGGCUCUUUCUGCCUGUACCAAGGUCGAAGGUGUGGGCAGUGCGAUGGCUUCGAUGCCCCAUUAUCUCUCUCAAGGAGUUAACGACCUUGUUGCCUUGGGUGUGGAAAAGAGUGUCCACGCCAUGGUGGAUGUGCUCGAUCUUGUGAUUAGCGGCGUUGAGGGCAUCAUUAUCUUCUAUAUCAAUUUUUUGACGGCCACAUAUACAUGUCUCAUCACUGCUAUGAUACAUGGGACUCUUGAUGUGGUCGCCAAUGUCACUGCGGACGCGACAGAGGCAUACAAUAGUCUGAUUAACGGCACCAUCACCGACAUUUCGAAGAUCGCGAAUGCCUUACAGAAGGGCAUCACAAAUCUGACGUCCAGCAUUGAAGACUCAGUCUUUGGCGGCUUGCUUUCGGCGAUCCCGAAAGUCAACUUUACGAAGCCUAUCGAGGAGCUUAGACGCUUCGAGCUGAACUCUACAGAUUUCGUCGGCGAUGUUCAGCAGCUGAACAAAGAUCUCCCCACGUUUGAGGAUGUCCAAAACAUGACUGAAACCGCCAUCUCAUACCCGUUUAAUAAGCUGCGCGACGCUUUGAACGAGACUUACUCCAAAUACGAGUUUAACAAGAGCUCUUUUCCUCUUGCUGAAUUGAAAGAACUGACAUUCUGCUCUGAUAACGACUCGCUGAAUCGGUUCUUCAAUAACUUGCAGGAACUAGUGUCCAAGGCUCGUGUGGUGUUCAUUGUUGUCUUCUCCUUGGUGGCGGUGGCCGUUAUGCUUCCGAUGGCCUGGAUGGAGAUUCGUCGCUGGCGGCAGCAGAAGGAGCAUGCUAAGCUCAUCAACCAGGCCGAGAAAGAUCCCAUGGAUGUCAUCUAUAUUGCUUCUCGGCCUUUUUCUGCCUCAUACGGCAUUCGAUUCACCAGCAAGAUGAGUCAGAAGAAGCAAAUCCUCGUUCGUUGGUGCAUUGCGUAUGCCACUUCACCGGCCGCUUUAUUCGUCCUCUCACUUGCCCUUUCUGGCUUCUUUGCAUGCAUUUGCCAAUACAUUCUUCUCAAGUCUGUGCAGAAGAAGACGCCGGCGCUAACUCAAGAAGUCGGGGCAUUUGCGGAACACGUUGUCGACAGUCUGCGGAAUGUUUCUGAUUCCUGGGCCGCGAGCGCCAACGGAGUCAUUACGGACCUUAACGACGAGAUUAACAAUGACCUUUUGGGCUAUGUUAGCAACGCGACAGGAGCGGUGAACGAUACUAUUAACACGUUUGUGGACAAGAUGCAGGAAGGCUUGGAUUCUGCGCUUGGUGGCACCAUUCUUUUGGGUCCCAUCAAGACGAUUCUUCACUGCGUCAUUGGACUUAAGAUCGAGAGUGUUCAAAAGGGGUUGACAUGGGUCCACGACCACGCUCACGUUGACUUGCCUCUAUUUCCCAACGAUACCUUCAGCGCAGGAGCAAGCAGUUCUCUGUCUGGCGACUCGGGUAUACACAGCUUCCUAUCGUCACCUUCAUCCGCCUCAGCCGACGAGGUCAGCGGAGCCGUCGAACACGUCACAAACUGGCUCCAUAGCAACCUAGUACAGGAAGCCCUCAUUUCGACCGGCAUCUUCCUCGUCUAUGUGAUUAUUGUCCUGAUUGGCGUGAUUCAGACCCUUGUGGGCAUGACGACGCACGAGCGCGGCCGUGCUGAGGGAGGCAUACGCUACCCAACGCAAGACCCGCCUCCCCCGUGGGAACCAACGACUUCUUCGGCUGCUGUUGGAGGAAGCAGCUCAUCGAGAGAUGCGAAUAACGAGAAGUUUAUCUAUGGUGCGAGCCCAACAAAGCCUGGUAUGAGUAGCAACAAUCCUUAUGAUGGCUUCAAUGAAAAGUCUGGGUUUUAA